CCUUUUGUUUUUGUUUUUGUUUUUGUUUUUUAUAGCAUUAAUUAUUUUGUUUUUGUUGGGGGAGAUUAUUACAAAACUCACUCCUUUAUUGAUGGUGUUGUGUUUCUCCCUUUUCUUCUGCAACAACCACAGCUAAAACUAAAACCCCCCUGCCUUUCGUUGCCUUUUCUAUUUUCCAGUCUUAAUAUUCUUUUGUUUGUUCAGAAGAAAAAAAAAAAAUUCUCCACAAAAGCAAACCAAAAACCCCAUGUCAGGUUUGUAUAAUCCCAACUUUUCACCUGCAAGAGCUGCUUCUCCUCAGAUUAGAAGCACCCCAGAUGUUGACAGCCAGUACUUAUCAGAGUUAUUAGCAGAACAUCAAAAGCUUGGACCUUUCAUGCAAGUUCUUCCAACAUGUAGCCGGCUGUUAAAUCAAGAAAUUUUCCGGGUAUCAGGAAUGAUGUCCAACCAAGGCUUUGGAGACUUCGACAGACUACGGCAUAGAAGUCCCAGCCCCAUGGCUUCUUCAAACCUCUUGUCUAAUGUUGGUGGGACAGGUUUAAGUGGUUGGAAUGGCAUUCCUCAGGAGAGAUUAAGUGGACCUCCUGGAAUGACUAUGGACUGGCAAGGUGCACCUGCAAGCCCUAGUUCAUACACUGUGAAGAGAAUUUUGCGUUUGGAAAUUCCAGUAGAUACCUAUCCAAAUGUAUGUACUUUCAAUUUUGUUGGGCGACUUCUGGGACCCAGAGGCAAUUCGCUGAAACGGGUGGAAGCUACCACAGGUUGCCGGGUGUACAUUAGAGGGAAAGGAUCAAUUAAGGAUCCAGACAAGGAAGAGAAGCUAAGGGGAAGACCGGGCUAUGAGCACCUGAACGAUCCACUUCACAUCUUAAUUGAGGCUGACUUACCUGCCAACAUCGUUGACAUAAGACUCAGGCAGGCACAAGAAAUCAUAGAAGAACUGCUCAAACCUGUGGAUGAGUCACAAGAUUUUAUUAAGAGGCAGCAGCUACGUGAGCUAGCAAUGCUAAAUUCAAAUUUCAGAGAAGAGAGUCCAGGACCAAGUGGCAGUGUCUCUCCUUUCAAUACAAGUGGAAUGAAACGUGCGAAAACAGGGCGUUGAUGAGAUCUUAUGUGUACUCCUGUCUGAAUUGGUUUAUAUCAGAAACUCAUGCCCAGAGUAUGCCAUCCAACACUUCUCAAUUCAGAUAUUAGGCUAACGGUCUUGCUGGUGAGCGUUCUGGUGGUGGUUUGUUUUACAUUUUGUUUCUUCUUUCUCCCAAGACAAAAAAUGAUAACAUUAAAUGAACAAAAAAGGGAAAAGAAAAACAAAAGAAAAGGAAGAAGAAUUACAUAGUUGGUUCUUGAGUUAGGUUUGCGAAGGUCAGUUUUUUGUGUAAAACUUAAUAUAUUCAUUGCAUUUAUUCUUGUGUUAGUAACCUGGAGGAAUGUGAAAUAUAUAUAUAUACAUGAAUGGUGUAAGUGUUAGGUCUUCUAAGACAUUGGAUCUGAGUUUUGUAGGUGUCAAUUUUUUAUUAAUGGACUUUAUAUUUGGAAUGAUGCAGAACAAAAUUAGCAAA